GGCAGCUUCCGUAUGACAGGAAAAACAGAGCUCAAAAAGUGAACUUAUCAAAUUUUAAGGAAUUUCUAUAGAUUUAGGCACAAGUUUCUGAACACAAACCAUGGCAAGCAGUAGUCAUACUUGGCAAGAAGUAUCCAUCGAUACUGGGCCGUUUGAGACCGUCCACCGAUGGAGACGAAUGCCGGAUUGUGAUGAGUUUGUUGGUGCACGGCGAAGUAAACAUACAGCAGUUGCCUACAAAGAUGCUAUUUAUGUAUUCGGUGGUGACAAUGGGAGGAAGAACAUGUUGAAUGAUGUGCUACGCUUUGAUGUCAAAGAAUGCUCAUGGGGAAGGGCGUUUACAACCGGAACCCCACCAGCCCCACGCUAUCAUCACUCAGCUGUGGUGUACAAUGGAAGCAUGUUCAUCUUUGGUGGCUAUACAGGGGACAUCUAUUCCAAUUCCAAUCUACAAAACAAGAAUGACUUGUUUGAGUACAAGUUACCCAAUGGACAGUGGGUAGAAUGGAAAUUUGAAGGCAGACUUCCUCCAGCCAGAUCUGCACAUGGUGCUGCAGUCUACGAUGGUAAACUCUGGAUCUUUGCUGGAUAUGAUGGCAAUGCAAGGCUGAAUGACAUGUGGUGUGUAUCCCUCAAUGGUGACUGCAAGAGCUGGGAGGAGAUUCAGCAGGAAGGUGAUAACCCGCCGACCUGUUGCAACUUCCCUGUGGCUGUGGCCAGGGACAGCAUGUUCGUCUUCUCCGGACAGAGUGGCGCCAAGAUCACCAAUGACCUAUACAGGUUCUGUUUCAUGGAGAAGAGGUGGAGAAAGAUUCAGUCAGACCAUGUCUUGAAGGGUACCCCACCACCGCCCCAGCGUCGUUACGGUCACACUAUGGUGGCCCAUGAACGCCAUCUGUAUGUUUUUGGAGGAGCAGCAGAUAACACGCUGCCAAGUGACCAAUACUUCUAUGAUUUGGAUGCUGAAGAGUGGCAAGUGAUCAAGGUUUCCUCAGACAGUCAGAGUCCAACAGGUAGACUGUUCCAUGCCGCAGCUGUCAUCUGUGAUGCGAUGUUUAUCUUUGGCGGAGCAGUCGACAACAACGUCCGAAGCUCAGAGAUGUAUAGAUUCCAGUUUGCAUCAUACCCAAGAUGUACCCUGAAGGAUGACUUUGGACGUCUUCUGCUGAGUCAGCAAUUUACUGAUGUGGAAUUCCUUGUGGGCGAGAAUAGUACAGUAGUUCCUGGACAUGCAGCCAUCAUUGUUCCAAGAUGUCGCUACCUCAGGAACAAAAUAUCCCAAGCUAAAGAGAGACAAGCGGCAGAACAGGGUGAAAGUGCUCCAGAUGAGAGUAUUUCAAGUCCAGAAAGAGAUGAAGAAGUCCGCAAGGGCAAAAACUUGAAGAAAUCUCUGCAGAUUCCCAUCAAGAAUACAAGGCCGGAAGCAUUCCAGUUGUUACUAUGGUUUGUGUAUACAGACAAAGCAGAUCACAGACCACAAGGCAUACAAAACUCUUCAGACAAGACCACAGAAUUCCUGCUCCUUCUCAUGGAUGUUUACAAACUCGCUCUGGAGUUCUCAAUGAGCCGUCUAGAGCACAUGUGUAUUCACUACCUAUCAGUUUCAAUCACACACUGCAACGUGCUGCAAGUUUUACAAGGAGCAAGCAAACUCAAGCUGGACUUAAUAAAGGAAUUCUGCAUGAACUUUGUAGUGAAAGAGAGCAACUACAGCACCAUCGUGAUGAGUAAAGAGUUUGAAUGUCUGAGUCAACCACUCAUGGUAGAGGUAGUCCGAAGGAGGCAGCUAGCAUCAGGAAGGCCUUACCAGCAUGAGAAGAUGCCUGAUUUUAAUAAAUCAUUUGAGACGUCUCUAGAGCAAGACAUGGAGUCUUUCUUAAAGGGUAAACUCGGACAGGAGUAUGCAGACAUCACCCUGAUGCUGGAUGGCAAACCGAUACCGGCCCACAAAGCUGUACUCGCAGCUAGAAGCAGCUUCUUUGAGGCAAUGUUUAGAUCCUUUAUGACGGAAGAUGACACUGUGAAUAUCAGCAUUGGUGAUAUGAUCCCAUCCAGGCAGGCGUUUGAUUCUCUACUGCAGUACAUCUACUACGGUGCUGUCUCUAUGCCACCAGAGGACUCUCUAUAUCUCUUCUCGGCACCAGACUACUACAGUUUUUGUAACAACCGCCUGCAGGCGUUCUGCAAAGAGAACCUUGAGAUCAAUAUAUCUGUGCAGAAUGUAGUACAGAUCCUAGACGCUGCUGAUAGAGUUGGAGCGAAGGAUAUGAAAGACCACGCCUUGAAGAUCAUCGUUAGGAACUUCACCAAGGUGGCAGAGAAUCCACGCAUGAAGAGCUUGAGUCAUAAUCUACUCUUUGAGAUAAUUAUGGCGCUGGCAUCAAGACUUCAGAAGGUUAACCAGAAGCAACAAGCCAUUGAAGAACCAUCUCAUGCGCUGUGGGCGUGCACGCCAGACAAAUACGGACCAGAAAACUGGUAAACAAUCUACAAGGUACCAGGAGAUUCUCAACAGUAAGCAACAAGCCAUUGAGGAACCAUCCCAUGCACUGUGGGCGUGCACGUCAGACAAAUACGGGCCAGAAAAAUGGUAAACACCCUACAAGGUACCUGCCGUCGAUUUCACCAAACUCUUCAUAACUUCAGGAUUAAUCUUAGGACUUAGGAUGAGUUCAGUUCCAUAU